CCGGGCUGUUUAGUUGGUAUAAUUUGUUACUGCUGGGUGCCGCCUAGAGGCUUUGAAUUUUAUCAAAAAAGAACCACUUACACAUUCAAAAUUACUACAGUGUUAGACCAAAAGAAAACAAAUUAUAUAAACGAAACGUUGGAAAUACAACUCAUCAAUGUCAGAACAAUCACGUAUCAUACACAAAGUAGUCACAGAAUACGAUUGUGUUAAGAGUCAAAGUAAAAUUGAUGAAUACAUUAAUGAUCAUUCAUUACGUCUAUCAGAAGCACAAAAAUGGUUACUAAAGAAAACAAAAGACGAACCCAAUGUACACUAUCUUAUGUCGAGCAUAGAAAUGCAAUUAUUAGCCAAUUUAUGCUAUUCAAUCAAUGCUAAACAAACACUCGAUAUUGGAGCUUAUACUGGAUACAGUGUAUUAGCUAUAGCUGAAGUGUUACCUUCAGACGGACGUGUACUAGCAUUGGAGAUAACAGAUACUUAUCUAGAAGAUUACUGUAUUCCAGCAUGGCGACAAGCUGGUGUGGAGUCGAAAGUUGACUUUAGACUUGGUCCAGCUAUUGAAACUCUAGAAAAUUUGAUUGCUAAUGGAGAAAGUGAAACAUUUGAUUUUGCAUUCAUUGAUGCUGAUAAAGAGAACUAUAGUAAUUAUUAUGAAUUAUGCCUCAAACUUAUCCGACCACGGGGUAUUAUCGCUGUCGACAAUGUUCUUUGGUCCGAACUUGUGAUUGAUGAAAGUGAUCAAACCUCUGAAACUAUCGGUGUGAGACAAGUGAAUGACUUGAUAGCUAAAGAUAACAGAGUACGAAUCUCUUUCCUUAAUCUUGCAGAUGGAUUGACAAUUGUUGUGAAAAAAUAAAGCGAUAAACAUCUGCACCCAGACAAAGAUUUGGUAAAACAUGAAUCUGUGUACCUUUUUUGCAUGUGUUACAUGUCUUAGAUUCUUAGUAGGUGCGCUACUACACAGCAAAAUUUGAGUGAGCGUUUUUCGGCAUUUUGAUCAUUAUUGUGAAAAAAAUUUUCUAUCUUUAAACAACUUUUACUUUACUGUAGUUGUUUAGUCGUAAAAUAACUAUAUUAUCUGAUAUUUCGUGUGUAUUUUAAAUAUAAUUGACAACCGA